AUGGUGUCUCGCAAAGUUAGCCUCUUUGUUUUUGUGCUUCUUCAAGCCAUCUUCUUGCUUUCUUCGCCAGUGCACUGUGACGAGGAAGAUGAUCUUCUUCAAGGUCUCAACAGCUACAGGCACUCUUUAAACCUGCCGGCCCUUGUCAAGCACACGAAUGCAGGAUGCCUCGCUGAUAAAAUUGCUGGCAAGCUAGAGGAUGAACCUUGUACAUCAGCCAGAGCGGCAAGCCCUGUGCAAAUAGACGACUAUCCUGACCUACUAUCAAAGUGUGGCAUUGAUGUUAAUCACACUAAUGAAGGUGUUGCAUUACCUGUUUGCGUGCCUCAUUUGGUCCCAACUUUAUUGCUAACAAAUUAUACACGAACCCCAUAUGCAAGAUACAUCAAUGCUUCAAGAUUUAGUGGAGCAGGACUUGGUCAUGAAGAUGACUGGAUGGUGGUGGUCCUGACCACAAGCACCCCAAGAGGGGACUUUGCUGGGGCUACUAGUUUGGUUUCCAGGGUCGGUCUUGGCCAUUGCUUGGUGACUUUGUUGCUAGGAGCUCUUGUUUAUCUACUGUAUUAAAUAGUACUAACCAUGGCACUCCAUGUUGUU